CCUCUUCCUCCAAAGACGAGCAGUCCGUGCACCCGCGGGCGGUGUGCCAUGACGUUUCUUCAAAAGAAGUGUUUUAUGUUGUUAGGGAGGGGUCUUCUAUCUGACUUCGCAAAGAAAGUGCAGCGGCAAUAUGUAUUAUUAAGUCCUGAUUGUUAUAGUUAUAAAGAAAUUCCACACCGCGGUUGGCAUUGUUUACUUUAUAUUUUUGAAAUAAGACGAUGUUGUAAAUUUGCAGCGAGUAACCAAAGGAGUUGGACGAUUUAUACUUAAGUUUGCUAAGCGGACCAAGAAACCAGCUUAGUCGGUAAGUAGCUAGCCUACACAGGAAAAGUAGCAGCGAGCUAGCAAGAUGUUGACUUCUGGAACAAUGUUUUUAAAAAUCUUACGGUUAAAAUGUCCCAUGAGCACUAGAAGUGUAAACGGCUGUACGUGUUUCGAGGAAGACUAACAGCUGUUUGCAUCAAGGCGAAUCCUGUCCUGAGCACCAGGGAUAGGGGUAUAGGGGAAAGGGUUCUUCGCCUAAAGCAGAGUUAAACCCCACAAACGUGCGCGGGCGCGCGCUCACACACACACACACACACACACACACACACACACACACACACUCAGCACUGCGCCCUCCGCCACCAUGUCCCUGGUGCUGAAGCAGGUCUUCAACAAGGACCGGACGUUUCGGCCCGUGCGGAAGUUUGAGCGGGGAACGCAGCACUUCGAUAUGUACGAGGUGCUGAAGGCGUCGUCGCUCGACGUCAUGCUGGACUUCAAGCAGGCGGUGCAGCUGCCGCAAGGCAAGGGGCUUCACGACUGGGUGGCCGUGCACGUGGUGCACUUCUUCAACCGCAUCAACCUGAUCUAUGGCAACAUCAGCGACUCCUGCACCGAGCAGAGCUGCCCCGUGAUGUCCGGCGGGCCCGAGUAUGAGUACCGCUGGCAGGACGACGGCAAGUACAAGAAGCCCACCGCCCUGCCCGCGCCCAAGUACAUGAGCCUGCUGAUGGACUGGAUCGAGGUGCAGAUGAACAACAAGGACAUCUUCCCCACCAACGUCGGUGCUCCUUUCCCCAAGACCUUCAUGCAGGUGGCCAAAAAGAUCCUGUCGCGCCUCUUCCGCGUAUUCGUGCACGUCUACUACCACCACUUCGACCGCGUGUCCCAGAUGGGGGCGGAGGUGCACGUCGACUCCUGCUACAUGCGCUUCUACUACUUUGUCACGGAGUUCAACCUCAUGGACCACAAACAACUGGAGCCUCUGGUCUUCAGCAAGGACCAGAAGUUUUGGCCCAGGUGGAAGUUCAACCGGGGAAUGCAGCGCUUCGAGCUGUACAGGGUGCUGCAGGCGUCGCUCAACGCCGGGCUGGACCUGAAGCAGGCGGUGCAGCUGCCGCACGGCGAGGGCCUCCACGACUGGGUGACCGUGCACGUGGUGGACUUCUUCAACCGCAUCAACCAGAUCUACGGCACCAUCAGCGACUCCUGCACCGAGCAGAGCUGCCCCGUGAUGUCCGGCGGGCCCAAGUACGAGUACCACUGGCAGGACGACGGCAAGUACAAGAGGCCCACCGCCCUGCCCGCGCCCAAGUACAUGAGCCUGCUGAUGGACUGGAUCGAGGUGCAGAUGAACAACAAGGACAUCUUCCCCGCCAACGUCGGUACUCCUUUCCCCAAGACCUUCAUGCAGGUGGCCAAAAAGAUCCUGUCACGCCUCUUCCGCGUGUUCGCGCACGUCUACUUCCACCACUUCGACCGUGUGUCCCAGAUGGGGGCGGAGGCGCACGUCAAAACCUACUACAAGUCCUUCUACUACUUCGUCACGGAGUUCAACCUCAUGGACCACAAACAGCUGGAGCCUCUGGUCUUCAACAAGGACCGGACGUUUCGGCCCAAGUGGAAGUUCGAGCCGAGAACGCCGCACUUAGUGCUGCACAAGAAGGCGCAGGCGUCGCUCGACACCAUGCUGUACUUCAAGCAGAUGGUGCAGCUGCCGCAUGGCGAGGGCCUCCACAACUGGGUGGCCGUGCACGUGGUCGACUUCUUUAACGGCAUCAACCUGAUCUACGGCACCAUCAGCGACUCCUGCACCGAGCAGAGCUGCCCCGUGAUGUCCGGCGGGCCCAAGUACGAGUACCGCUGGCAGGACGACGGCAAGUACAAGAGGCCCACCGCCCUGCCCGCGCCCAAGUACAUGAGCCUGCUGAUGGACUGGAUCGAGGUGCAGAUCAACAACAAGGACAUCUUCCCCAUCAACGCCGGUACUCCUUUCCCCAAGACCUUCAUGCAGGUGGCCAAAAAGAUCCUGUCGCGCCUGUUCCGUGUGUUCGUGCACGUCUACUUCCACCACUUCGACCACGUGUCCCAGAUGGGGGCGGAGGCGCACGUCAACACCUACUACAAGUACUUCUACUACUUUGUCACGGAGUUCAACCUCAUGGACCACAAACAGCUGGAGCCUCUGGUCUUCAACAAGGACCGGACGUUUCGGCCCAAGCGAAAGUUCGAGCCGGGAACGCAGCGCUUCGAGCUGCACAAGAAGGCGCAGGCGUCGCUCAACGCCGGGCUGGACCUGAAGCAGGCGGUGCAGCUGCCGCACGGCGAGGGCCUCCACGACUGGGUGGCCGUGCACGUGGUGGACUUCUUCAACCGCAUCAACCUGAUCUACGGCACCAUCAGCGACUCCUGCACCGAGCAGAGCUGCCCCGUGAUGUCCGGCGGGCCCAAGUACGAGUACCGCUGGCAGGACGACGGCAAGUACAAGAGGCCCACCGCCCUGCCCGCGCCCAAGUACAUGAGCCUGCUGAUGGACUGGAUCGAGGUGCAGAUCAACAACGAGGACAUCUUCCCCACCAACGUCGGUACUCCUUUCCCCAAGACCUUCAUGCAGGUGGCCAAAAAGAUCCUGUCGCGCCUGUUCCGCGUGUUCGUGCACGUCUACAUCCACCACUUCGACCGCGUGUCCCACAUGGGGGCAGAGGCGCACGUCAACACCUGCUACAAGCACUUCUACUACUUCGUCACGGAGUUCAACCUCACAGACCACAAGGAGCUGGAGCCUCUGAAAGAGAUGACAUCACGGAUGUGCCACUGAGAAAUGGACCCGCCCCCCCCCCAUUCCCAAACUUCACAUUCCCCCCCCUCUCCAGGAACACAGCCGGACCACACGGGAGAGAAGACUGAAACAGGAAACGCAAUCGGAGAGAAGACUGAAACAGGAAACGCAGUCAGAAAGAAUCUAUUUUUGUAAACGUGUACUGUAAUGAUCUUUUUAACAGGAGAGCUUUUUAAGCAGCCUAUUUUCUACUGUUUUUUUUUUUUGGAGAAGCGGAGAAGUUCUAUUAGUGUCCAGCUUACACCAAUCAUUCUUUUCUUUUUUGGUGAAAUGUUUUUUUUGUUUUUUUUGUUGAUAUUUUGUUGUGCCUUUCUGUUCAGUGUGAAACAUUAUGGCUUUUACAUAUUACGUAUGUGUUUUUAAAAAGAACGUUUUUUUUUUUUUUUUUAAAAGCACCCUUGAGAUUCACGCGCCUGCCACAACCGGUUUACCGAAUCCUUCGUUGUCGGUUGUGUGGCGCAGACCAACGAGUAGCUUUGGUAGUGUUGGUCGUGAUGUCUUCAGAAACCUGACUCAGGAACUGAUUGGAUAGCUAUGGACCGCCAGAGAUGGCCGUAGGGGGCUGCUCGUGCGGUGUGCUUCCAGGGCCUGACGGGUGUAGCUUAAUGCCCCUCACCAGCGUAGGAUCAUGGAGGUUUUGGGCAGGCCUCGCUGCGUUACCCUGCUGUAAUCGGUACUGAACCUUUUGUCUCCGGUUCCCUGCCCCCCUGUGCCAUUCCUCUCUCCCCCGCCUCAAGUCCUUCGAUAUAUUUUUGCUUUUCUUUUUUUUUUUCUUUUUUAAAUAUAUAUUUGUUUGUUUUAUUAUUUUGAAAAUUCCUAAUUCCUGCCGCUUUGAUUUUUCUCUCCCAUUCGUUUGUCCUUGUCGUCCUUUUUAUUGACUGCACAUUUUAUAAGUUAAUAAAGUUGAUUUUCUGUUGCCUCUGUGUGCUGCGGGGGUGCAUAACGA